AUGGAUUCCAAGUCUAGAGGAAAAUCACGGCUUAAUAGAAGUAUACUAACUUUAGUAUCUUUCUUUGGCUUGGUGUUAUUCUAUUUAACCUGGUAUCUAUACACAAGAGGUUUGACAGGAGCGGAUUCUCCAGGAUGCAGAAUAGUGUAUAUGGGUCCCUCUUAUGCCAGGAUAACAGCAUUUGAUGAAAGUCAUACCAAAUUUGCUUCCAAGUAUUCAUUAUAUCUUUAUAGAGAACAGGGAAGAGACCCCCUUCCGGAUGAAAACGAAGGAUUCAAACAUCUUGGCGGAAUACCAAUACUAUUUAUACCAGGGAAUGCAGGAAGUUACAGACAAGUGAGGUCUAUAGCUGCAGAGACAUCCGAUAUAUACUUUGACCACUAUUUGGAUCAGCCAGAUGGUUUAAACCCUAACGCAAAGAAUUAUGAUUUUUUCACGGCAGACUUCAAUGAAGAUUUUACAGCAUUCCAUGGAAGGACUUUGUUGGAUCAGGCAGAAUACUUGAAUGAGGCCAUUAAGUUUAUACUCGGGUUAUACGCAAAUAGUGAACACCCUCCGAGGUCUGUUGUUGUUUUAGGACAUUCAAUGGGUGGUGUGGUCAGUAGAGUAAUGGUUUCACUUCCCAAUUACAUCCCUGAUUCAAUUAAUACUAUAAUUACUUUAGCUUCACCACAUGCUGCCGCUCCAUUGACCUUUGAUGGCGAUAUCUUAAAGAUUUAUUCAGCCGUAGAUAGGUUUUGGUUUCAGGGUUACGACAACAAAGAAACAGAUAAUACGAUCGCAAAGAUUGCUAAAGAGAGAUUAUCAAAGAUAUCUCUAAUAUCGAUUACUGGCGGAUUGUUAGAUUCUAUCUUACCGGCUGACUACACGACUUUAGGUUACCUAGUUCCACCAACAAAUGGGUUUACGGUUUAUACAACAGGAAUACCCGGUGUUUGGACUCCAAUAGACCAUUUGGCUAUAGUAUGGUGUGCACAACUUCGUAGACGAGUGCUGAACGCAUUAUUAGAAAUUGCAAACUUUGACUCACCAGACAAGACAUAUUCUCUUGAAAAAAGAAUGGAGAUCAUGAGAAAGAACUUCCUUUCAGGGUUUGAAGAUUAUACCUCUCAAGAUAAAGUUGCUUAUGAUAAACCAGCAGACCACAUACUAUUAAAAGCAGAUUCCCAGCAAAUCAAUUUUGUUCAAGAGGGACAAAAAUUGAAGGUUACACCAGGAAAGAUGCCGUCACCCUUAAAUGUGUUCAGAUUACCAAGUCCUAAGGUAUCAAAAGUGCAAUUUUCAUUAUUAAGUUCCAUGGAUAUUGGUGAACUUAAAUCAGAUAAUAAUGAAGGAUAUACACAACCAACGCUUCUAUUAUGCAAUACCAUGGAUGCUAUUAAAGAAGAUGCCAACAUAAUCGAUUUUACGAAUAAAGAAACUACUGAGAUUGUAAUGUUCAAGUGUAUCGACGUCCGUGAUGACAGCAAUAUGAUACCUAGAUCAGCAGUUGGCACAUAUUCAUUAAGUGAAUCAUCCAUCGGGGGAGACAAGUCACCGUUUUAUGCAAUUCAAUAUAAUUCUACUAUUUUAAAACAAUAUGAUACAGUAAUAGUUACUGGCUCACUAGGUAUGGAGUCAAAUGACAAUGAAAAUUUUUUACUUGCAGAAUUAUCAGACUAUAAUUCAAGUCAAUUUAAUAUACAUGAAGAUCUAUUUUCAUUGAUGACAAGGGGUGCAAAGUUCUCUUUACCUUUAGAUAAACCAUUAUCAAUGAAUAUAAAAAUUCCGGGAGCCUGGAGUAGUAUAUUAGCAUACAAGUUAAAGGUGCUGUGGCCAGAAGACCGAGAAACUACAGAAUAUAUUCCAGUGUUUCGUACCUUCAUAAGGCAAUGGAGUAAUGAGCCAUAUGAAGUUAAAUGGCAUGUCAAUAUCGAAGCAAAUAACCAAGUAUUAUUAAAUAUGCAUGGAAUAGCACCAUAUACUCCAUUUAAAGUGAAAUCUAAAGAAGAAUACGGAUUGAAUAUUGAAAUAUGGACCGACUCCAUUCCCGAUAAAUCAUUAACAACUAUUCGAUUAAGAAUUGAUUUAUUGAACAGUUUAAGGCUAUUGGUAUUACGAUAUAGACUAGCAACUAUAUCAUUUUGCGUUUCAAUCAUUUUAUUAGCAUUAGUGUUUCAGGUAAAGCAUUACAAAGAAACGAAUAAAUUCCCGACUUUCUUAUAUGGAUUAAGCUGCAUAUGUUCACCAUGGGUAUUUGGGAGCAUAUUAUUCACAUUAUCAAUACUAACACCAAUAAUGAGCAUAAAACCAUUGCAAAAAUUUCUAAACGUAAUCGAUCCGGUGGUAUUACAGGAUUCGAAUGAAAUUAAUUUAAGUUUGACAGACGAGUUUAAGCUAAAUUCGUUUUUCUUGGGAUUAGAGGAGAAGAGCUUAUGGUUCAUAGGUCCAGUGUUCUUUGUUAUGGGUCUUGGUAUUGUUCUGUUGACUUUUUAUUCGCUAUUGGUCGCAGGUAAUGUGAUAGCAUCAAUUAGUCGAGUUUUACUUAAGCGAUUAAAAUUGUCGCAAACGGAGAAGAAACAGCCAAAUCCUGGCAAGUUAUGGGCGAAUCGUCGAAUCAUUGGUGUGUUAUUUGUUCUCUUGGUGAUCCCAAUAUACAUGCCGUACCAAUUUGCCUAUGUUGUCAGUUGCAUCAUACAACUGAUCCAGGUGAUCAAGAUUCUUGUUGCCGAUAAGACCAAUAAGAGCAUCUUGAACUAUCACUUGUCUCUACUUAUGUUGAUGCUUUGGGUGUUGCCUAUAAAUGUUCCCAUCUUAGUGGUGUUUGUACAUAACAUGACGAUCAAUUGGACUACGCCGUUUUCGUCACAUCACAACUUUCUAGCAAUAUUGCCAGUAAUUUUGCUAAUGGAACGGUACAGCAAUAGUAGGACAUUACCCAAGAUGUCUCAAACCAAAUACAAGGUCACCCAAGCGUUUUUGGCGUAUUACGUUUUCUACUGUCUUGUGUAUGGCAUCCGUCAUACGUACUGGAUCCACCAUCUUUUCAACCUUCUAUGCUGUUGGCUCCUUGUAUUACAUUACGAUGCCCAGGAUGAUACGUCUGACCAUGUGCAAUGA